UCAUAAACGCAAUAUAACUCAUAUGAAAAAAUAUAAGAAGCAUAAUGAAAAUAGAGAAGAACUGGAUGAUUCAAAUACAGACAUUCUUGGUAAAAUUAGAUUAAAGACAUGUUUAUUAGAUUUACAGAGGUUAAAAUUACUUCUAUUUACUAUUUCUGAAGAACAAAGUUCAUAUUUGGCACCUACUUUACUUAAAACCACUGAAGAUGAACUAGAAAGAUACUUGAAAAAGCAAAUUAUACAUAAAUACCAAAACUCUUUAGUAUGGUAG